AUGACGCCUCACCCAAGCUCUGCGUUCGCCGUCGGCGUCGUAAUCCUAUUCGCAAGAUGGGCAAUACGGAUCAGGACUGUCGGCUUCCGAGGGCUUCGUGGUGACGACCUGAUAUCAAUACCAUUAUUGGCGCUCUGGACCAUCAAUGCAUUCGGCGCGUACACAACGUACUACUCGGGUAGUAAUUUUGACGUAACGGCCGAGCAGGCCGAGCAGCUUUCCGAUAGCGACGUCUGGGUCCUGGAGUACGGCGGCAAGUGGCAGGCCGCGUCCAUCUUCACCUACAGUGCGAUCAUAUGGUGUCUCAAAUUUAUGGUGCUGUUCUUCUACCGGCGCCUCAACGCAGACCAAUGGAACCAGUCCCUUUGGACCCACGGAACGGGUUGGAUCUUCUAUCUCAAUGGCAUAGCCUACAUCGCCGUUGUCUUUGUGCCCAUCCUGGUGUGUAAAGAAUUCCACAACAACUGGGUUGUGCGACCACUGCACCACUGCCCAUUCUCCCCCUGGAACGUAUGGAUCCCCGUCUCCGUGAACAUUUUCACCGACGAGCUCAUCAUGACCAUACCUGUACCUAUUCUAUGUCAAUCACGAGUCUCGACGCCUCGAAAGAUAGGCAUUAUGCUUCUCCUUUGCUUGGUCGGCUUUGUUAUAUCUGCAGCCGUAGUCAGAGCAAAGUUUACAAUAGCUGCGGCACCCAGCGUCACAGCGAUAAAUCGAUGGGGAUUCCGCGAAACAGGAGCCGGAAUGAUUGUCGUCAACGCCCCAGUCGUAAUGCCGAUCUUCUCAAAGGCCUUCUGGAAGCGUGGGCCCUACCGGCCAGGGAGACAAGAAGAACAACCACACGGCGGGGAUAUACUCGGCGGUGGUGGCGAUCACGGCAACGGACGACGUGCCUCGGACGCACCGGGGCCGACCGCGUCCCAAGUACCGACCGAUGUGACAGAGACAACGCAGGGAGCCAGCCACGGCACGGGCGAGAGUAUAGAGCUGAGAAAUCUCGGCGGGCGCAGUGGGCCUGGGAAUAACACCGCCAACAGAGACCUGGAGCAGGGGCCGGACACGACGUCUGAAGCUGUGGAGGCGAGGUCAGCGGGGCGGCGUGUGGAAGACGAAGGGGAUGGGCCGGCUGUUUCGGCGACGAGAAUUGUUGGCUGA